UAUUAAUGAAAUAUGAAAUACUGGAGACUGAAUGUCACACGGUUUAAGACAGUGCGUUACUACGCAUGACUUUGAGUAUUUCUUCAAGAAAUAUGAGCUUAUGGUCUUCGUUGGAAGAAGCAUAUGAUAACUUAGAUCUUUCAGAAAGUGAUGGAGAAUGUAACAACUCCACAAAGUUAUAUAUGCAAAAAUUUCAAAGCAAAGUCGAUUUUUCAAUGAAAAAUGAAAGGAAGUUAAAAGAUAAGAGCGACAAGGCAACGACUGAUCAUGCUCUAGACAGAAGAUCGUGCUCCAUACUAUUCAAAAUGAUGAACCAGGAAAUAUUUAGUGAAGUCAAUGGGUGUAUUAGUACAGGGAAUUUAUGAAGACACUCCAACAAAGUUCACAAGCCCAGAACAAAUUACUUGUCAGCUGACUAUCGACUUUCCCACCGAAUCAUCAACGAGUGGAAUUCCUUACCUCAGCACGUGGUUGAGGCUCCGUCCGUCGAUUCCUUCAAAAGAAAGUUGAAUGAACUGAGAUAUCACCAUUGCCAGGACUAACACAGGCCAUCAGGCCUCCUGUCCUUCCCAAACUGAAACUGAAGCUAAACCAGUGUGGAGAGUUAAGAAUAAUAUUGACAGUUGAUAGUAAGGGUUAGGAACUGGAUAUAGGGUUUUCAUGACGAACUGACAUCAACUAUAAUGCCGAAACUCUAAGUAGACAAAUGAACGGAUCAAUUUUGCUCCAAAAUUGAAGACCUGUUUUCGUAAAUUUUAUUGGCUCGUCCAUAAAUUAUAGUCUCGCCCAUUAAUUCUUCCGAUUUCUGAAAAAACUUACCAAUAGCCCAUAAUACCAUAAAGCCCUCGACGGCAGCAGCAGCCUUACAGUUACUCGUAGUUUUGAGGCCUCUGCUUAAAAUGACUUCUAGGUCUUUGUAGUCCAUUACUUUGGGUAAUACAACUCCACGUAUUGUGUAGUGAUACGAAUCGUCAUAGUUAUUUAAUUGCAUCACCACACCCUUGUUAGGAUUUACCAGGAAUCAUUUUUAUUUCGGCUGGAUAUGUAGCGGUAAAUUAUUUUACCCAAAGCUCUUUGUGGACACGUCAGAACACAAACUGCUUGCUUAUUUUAUUCCUGGCAAUUCCUAGUUUCCACACUUUCGAUUUUACUGAUAAAUCGUUUUGUAACAUGUAAGUAUAGAGUUUGAAACACUAUUUAGAAAAGUAAGCCAUUUUUUGUCAGACUCAAAUUAUGAAAUUUGUUUCUAUAUGUGUUGUGUGAUAUCUACUGCCUCCAAACGCCCUGGUAUAGCCGAGAGUGAGGUGGGCCCGUCCUCUCUCUCGGAAUGCUCUCACACGGCCACGCGUAUACAGCCUCUGCUAGGGAAGUUCUACUCACUGCCUUCUCGUGGCAGGCGUGUUGUUUGCGAAAGUGAGGACGAAAGGCGAAUGUCCGGCGCUAUAACCGGAUUCCAAACCAAUGGUGCACAUGGGCUCCAGUAUCCUGUAGGAACAAAUGGCGUAUGAACCAAUCGUUGGUCACCGACUUCCAUGGGAAUGCAUCUCCUUACGAUGCUCCACUGCCUUGUGGAUCAGACCUUUAGGUCAAAGGCUCCGGGUGUGGCCCCCUACGAAAACCACCUGCUUCGGUCUGGGCGCCCGGGCAGUAUCACAGCCCACACACACAAAUAUGGUGUGGCGCAUAUAUAUUUGGUGCCCUCUUGUACCAAUAUUUGUGUUGAAACAAAUAAAUAAAAUAAAUAUCUACUGGUUAUUCACUGAUACUUAUUCAGGUAGAUUAUUUGUUCGUCGCAUCUGUGGUGUGCAAAUAGUCGAGAUAAAUAGUGUUCCGUUGAGGUGAGGUUUUACUACAGUAUAGUGAUAUUUCAUAUGUUGCGUAGGAAAAUAUCAUAUUAGUUCGUCAAAGUUUUUUCAGUUACCAAUUAGUAUUAAGCGAAUGUUGAAUAAGUUACUUGGGGGUGUAUGGUUAUGAAAGUUGGUAAUUUGUGUUGCCUUGUUGCAUUGAUACUAUUUGCUUCACCCACAAUUGUGUUAUUAAAAUCCAAUAACAGUGGUGUUUUAAACAAAGUAGUUCGAAUGAAAAUAGCAUAUUCGCGAUACACAAUGAAAUAGCUUCCUGGAUAUUAUACUGAGCAUAUUUACUACCCGAGAACUUUUCGGCAACCUAAAUGCGGAAUAAGACAAAGACAUCAGAAGAGAAUAUUUAUAUUAGGCGUCUUAGAGAUAUGGUCUCAUUCCUUCUGUGUUGUGACCCAUGGUUUGUCACACCUUCAAUCAAGCUCACAUAUAAGGUCCCAGCCUGUUUGAUUACACAACUGACAAUUGUUACCCUAAUUGUUAGUUCAGAUUUGUGAAACCCUUUGGUUUUGAUGGGCGUUCAGUUUAUGAACUGCCACUGCUUUCGUCGAUACCUAUGAUUUGACCUAAUUUUUUUUAUUAGCGUGCAACUCAGAAGACUGCACUGUUUUAUCAUAUAGCUGAUAUAGAUAGCGUCUUGAUAGACAAAAGGACAAAGGCUACAUAUAUUUUUCCACAUUUUCUCAAACUUUCUAGUGAGGCAUUCUUAGUUUAUAUAUAGCUCUAAGCUGGGUACAUAAAUCGGCCGGUGAAUUAAUAAUAUCGUUAAUCCUUUCCCGUCCUUUCCACUGUUAUCUCACCAAGUGUUUAGUUAUUAUUUCUUAUUUUUUUUAUAUUUUCAGGAAAAGAAGCAAACAUAUAUCAUGUAAAAAAUAAGGAGAAUGUGGAUUUAGCUAUCAAAGUUUAUAUGACAUCAAUAAUGCCAUUUAAAUCUCGCGAUAAAUACGUAAAGGGUGAUUUUAGAAUGCGUCAUGGUUACUCAAAGUCAACAUCUUGGAAGCUUGUAUGUAAAUGGAGUGAAAAAGAAUAUCGUAAUUUACUCCGAAUAAAUCAAUCGGGUUUAAUAAGUGCCCCCAAACCUCUACGUUUGAAAGGUGUUGUUCUAUUGAUGACGUUUGUUGGGAAGGAUGGUAUUCCCGCUCCAAAGUUAAAGGAUGUUUGUUUUCACGAAAGCGAUUGCAAAGAUUCCCCCGAUUGGGCUGCCUUGUACUUUCAAGUUAUUCAUGAUAUACGAACUUUGUUUCAAAAGUGCCGCUUAGUCCACGCCGACCUGAGCGAAUACAACUUACUAUAUCUUGAUGGAAGAGUUUGGAUGAUUGAUGUUUCCCAGGCUGUGGAACAUGAAUCGCCUCAAGCUCUUGAAUAUUUAAGAACUGAUUGUCACAAUAUAAAUAUAUUUUUUCGCAAACAAGGUGUCUCAACUUUAACAUUACGAGAACUUUUCGAAUGGGUAGUGAAUCCCUCAUUGCCUGCACCCGAUGAUGCAUCAUCUAAAGAGUGUUUAAUGUCUUUACUUCGAGAAGCUUCAAUUCGUGGAUUAAAUGAAACAAUUGAAAAAGAGGAUGAAGCUUUUCGAUAUGUACAUAUCCCUCGAAAUUUAUCAGUAUCUUAUCCAUUUGUGAGAGAUUUUCUUAAAAUACAACGUGGACAAUUGUCACAUUCUGAUAUUUACUACGCAGCUAUAACUGGACUAAAACCAGAUUUAACAGGCAUUUUAACACAACCUCAAGUGACCAAAGAAAACAAUGAAUGUGAAUCGGACAAUGAAUCAAUUACAGACAAAGCUUCAAUCACUUCAGAAAUUUCUUCUGAAUCUAUUAGCGAAGAUGUAAUUAAAGCAAAGAAUAAUGCACGACCUCGAAAUGAAUCUCCAGAAAGUCGUAGGAAUAGAAAAAAAGCAAUCAAACAAGAACAAGCUGAAAAGCGAAAACAUAAAAUUCCUAAGUAUGUUAAAAGACGUAAAAUAAAAAAGUGAAAACUUUGAAAUUGAUCAGUGUUUUGCUGACGGAUAGUUGUUAGAUUAUAAAUGUUAAUAUCAAAAUAACUGCAUUGCACCGUAGCGAAAACGUUUUGUUUAAACUAACAACACAACUUAAAUAACGACACGUUUGAUAAUUAGUAAUUAGCCCCUUUUAUAAAUUUCGAUAGAACAAUGAGAAGAGGGAGUUUAUCUGAAAUGUGCUGUAUUUGCGCUAUACAUUUCGAACAAUCUGGUCACACAUAUACUUGUCAAGGCAUUUUUAUAUGAAAAUUAAUAAAUUGGGUUUAACAAUUUUACUAACCAUUUAGCUAACUCAUGUGUGGGGGAACCGCGCAUAGACAAAAUUGGUCGUAAUG